UCACACAGAGUGUCGUUUAAAAGAUUCACGGCGCCUUUCCCCCUUCCGCCUCCGCCCGUUUCGCGGCGUCGCGCUCGAGCCGCUUCGACAUGUACGACUGGCGCCCCCGCUCCCGGCACUUGUCGCACUUCGACGGCUGCUUCGCGUAUUUCGUGGCGCACUUCAGAAGUUUUUCGCGAAAGAAGUGCGCGUGGAGAAACUUCUUGCAGCCCUUGCACCACUUGAAGUGCUGCUGCGUCUUGACGUGGAACCAGAUGCCCGUGUCGCAGCGCUUGCACACAUCCUUAUUUUGGAGGGGUAUCGAGCAGGCCGCGUCCGUUCCUGAAGCUAGUCGGCCGCACAUGACGCACCGUCGGGCGUGGGCCUUGCCGCGCGUGCGCGGGAAGUUGAUGAGGUCCUCGUACAGCAGAGGGUGGGCCGGUGCGUCCAGAUCCAGAGGCUUCGGGACGCCGUCCACAACCUUGGAUCGACCCGCGUCCACGGCCGGUUCGGGAGGCGUGACACAAGAAGCGCUCCGCGGCCUCUUCGCCGAGCUUCUAGAUGAGGAUUGGACCGGCUCGCCGCGCAUGUCGAAGCUCCGCGCUCGGGGUUUCCGGCCGCCGAAGGUCGAACCAGCUUGCGGUGCUGAUAAAGAUAGCAGCGAGAGCCCGUCGAUCGACGGAGACAGUCGCCCGGGCGGCGACACUAUCGAGACGCCCUCGACCGACUCCAUCGACGCGAGCUCGCCCGCGGAGUCGUCGCUCGACGCGUCGCGCGUCACGACGCGCCGUUGUCGGGAGGACUCAGGCGCCUCGGCUUCAUCCACCGCGCUGAGCGCCCUGAGGCGGCCGGCCGCGCUCGCACUCGCCGCGGCGUCGCCCGUCGGCGCCGGCGCCUGCUCGGCGACGGCGGCGAGGAGCACGUCCAUUGCAACACGCGGCGCAGUGGUGUUGUGGAUGCCCCCGGCGGCAGCUACUGGCUACCAAAUCCAAGCGAUGCCAGCAACACAGCGGUGCUGCAAGGAUUCCAGUCGCUCAGCGGUGCGUAUCGCUCUAAGUUAUUGCACUGCGUUCAGCCUAUGGCCCGUUUCUGCAACCGCGCGCACCAAUCGAGCUAAUUGGGCUCGCGUACCCACCGUUUUGCCCCAAAAACAGCGGCUGUACGCAUCUCUGGCGAUGUUUAGCUCGGGGUUCGACCUCGCAGCUGUCCGGACGCGUAAUAGCUCCAGAUGCAAAUCUCAGAAUAGGAGGAAUACC